AUGCCUUUCAUUCUAGAAAAUCUGUGUGGUUCAGGCAUCGUAUUUCCUGUCAAUAGCACCAACUCCAUAUUCCCCACCUUCCUGCUGACAGGCAUCCCUGGGCUGGAGACUCAGCACACCUGGAUCUCCGUAUGUUUCUGUGCCAUGUUCUUCAUUUCCCUGGUGGGCAAUGUGACCAUCAUGACAGUUAUCUGGUGGGAACAGUCCCUCCAUGUGCCUAUGUACCUCUUCCUGGCCAUGCUAGCUGCCUCUGACCUUGGUCUGUCCCUCUUCACCUACCCCACAAUGCUGAGGAUCUUCUGGUUAGAUGCUCGAGAGCUGACUCACUCUUUAUGCUUCACCCAAAUGUUCUUUAUUCACACUUUCCAAGUUUUUGAGUCUGCUGUCAUACUGGCAAUGGCCUUUGAUCGAUAUGUUGCUAUUUCCCAUCCCUUGCACUAUACUUCCAUCCUCACCAAUGGCAUAAUUGUUAGGAUAGGUUUGGCUAUUUUUGUGCGUACCUUGACUUUACAGGUGCCCUUUCCCAUCCUCUUGGGGAGGCUGUGCUUCUGUCACUCCAAUGUACUUUCUCAUUCCUACUGCUUGCAUCCUGAUAUCAUAAAACUCUCCUGCUCCAACACAAGGAUUAACAGCAUUCUUGGACUCUUUGUGGUGCUCUCCACCAUGGGACUUGAUUUUCUCCUCAUUCUCCUUUCUUAUGUGCUGAUCCUGAAAACUGUACUGAGCAUUGCAUCCCAUGGUGGCCGCCUCAAGGCCCUGAGCACCUGCAUCUCUCACCUCUGUGCUGUGGUCCUCUUCUUCACACCUAUGAUCUGCCUCUCUCUGCUGCACCGCUUUGGCCCAAGACUUCCAUCACACAUCUAUGUGGCCAUAGCCAAUGUGCAUUUCUUCAUUCCUCCUGUGAUGAACCCCAUUGUCUAUGUGGUGAAAACCAAGCAGAUAAGAAACAAAAUUCUGAAACUCUUUGUCAAGAAAGAAUGUGAAAAAACCCGUAUCACAUCUGUAACAUAA